AUGUCUCCCACUUCCCCAAAAGUGGAUUCCAAGACCAGAGUGGUCAAGCCUAGAGCCGCGCCCAAGCCCAAGGCCAUCGCCGAUGCUAAGGCCAUCUCGACCCUAGAGAAAAAGGCGUACUUCAUCUGGCUCCACUUCCAACUCAAGGAAGGUGAUAAGCCUAACCAUGCCGCUGUUGCAGCCAAGCUGGGCAUUCCCCAGCGCACUUCAGUCAAGCGCCUCAGCGAGCUCAGACUUGUCAUGGAGCAGAUCGGUAACAAGCAGUUCGAUAUGGAUCUGAACGAUGACCCAGUAAGCAAGGUCUUCGACAACCUCGAGAAGAUUUUCGCGCACGAAGCCAUGCUGCGCUGA